UUACGCACCCUAGCGCACCUUAGCAGUCGCCUGCACAACCCACUUCAUAUCUGUUUAUUCCCUAUGUGAGUGGGCUUCUUCCACAAACUCACACAACUCUCAACUCUCUCUUUCUAUGGGGGAAGCAAUUAGGGUUUUGAGAGAAAGCAUGACUAUAUAGCCAGACUUCAUCUCUUUCUCUCUAUAAAAUUAUAUAUACAGUGAUUUCAAUUUCUCUCACUUCGAUCUUUCAAUGCCUAGAAAUCCAUUCACAGCAUCGUCCAGUGAAAACCCUAGGCAGUUUGAAGCCGCUUGCUAUCUCUUCAGAGAGGCCUGCGAUUUGGGCACCGUUUUGUGGAUAAAACCCUUGAUUUUCUUCUUUUUCGUGUUCUUUCAUGAACGCAUGAUCCCAUUCUGACCGAGUACUUCGCAACUUUCAUUUUUGUAUGGCGCCGAGUCGCAGAAAAGUCGGCAGCAAAGCUUCGGCCGCCGCUGCAGCCGCUCGCAGGCAGUGGAAAGUCGGCGAUCUCGUCCUUGCCAAGGUCAAAGGCUUCCCAGCUUGGCCUGCAACGGUAAGUGAGCCGGAGAAGUGGGGCUACUCGGCUGAUUGGAAAAAAGUACUUGUCUAUUUCUUUGGCACCAAACAGAUAGCCUUCUGCAACCCUGCUGAUGUUGAAGCAUUUACAGAAGAGAAAAAGGAAGCUCUUCUAAUCAAACGGCAUGGGAAAGGUGCAGAUUUUGUUCGUGCAGUGCAUGAGAUAAUUGAAAGCUAUGAGAAAUCGAAGAAACGUGAAGAAAUUGCUGAUUUUAACUCUGGUGAUGAAGUUACUGUGACAAAUGCUGGAAUUUCAGUGGAACCAUUGUAUGAUGUUGGAGUGAAGGAUCAGACUGAAGCUCCUGCAGCAACACUCAUUUCAAGUCUAAGAUCUUCAUGUUCUUUUGGAGAUAAAAAUGAAUCCAUCAUUCCAGUUGAAGAUGUUGCAGCUGCAACACAAGCAGAUGCUUUGCAUAACGGGGAGGCGUCGUCUGAGGAGCUUACUGAUAAUUUGGUGGUUAAUGAAAAACCUCCAUCAACGAGUUAUUCUUCAAGAAAAAGAUCUGGAGUUAUACAAUCCCGAAGCCAUGCCAUGCAGAAAAGGGUGCCACAUGCUCGAAGGUCUAGAAAUUCAUCAAGGGUUGAAUUUCAUAGACUCCAGAAGUUAAUAGUGCCAUCAAGUAAUGGUAAUAAGAGUGCUGUGGAUGUACCCAUCAAUGCAUUGCAGGAUGGAUCUGUGAGAAGGAGCAAACGAAUCAGGAAUUCACAAGAUGUGACUGAAGUUCAUGGUGCAGGUUCACCUGCUUUUGUUUCAAAUGGUAGCAUUGAAGAAAAUGGCUCCGAGAUUGUCACAGUUGACUCUGAUACAUUCAGUUUGAAUGAUGGGAGCACUGUAGAGUCCGGUUGUGAAAUUCCGCAACCUGAUUCUGCUGUUGAAUGUUGUGAGGGAGAUAUUGAAUUGAGCCAGACACUUGAUUUCCAAACGAAGUCCAGUUUCAUUAAGAAGAAAAGGAAGCCAAAUAGAAAGCGAGUGAACAAUGACACUAUUGCCGGUCAACUUGACAAUUUGGCAGGGUCGGAGAUGGAAGUUCAAAGAUCUGGACCAAUUUUGCCAGAUGCUCACGAAAGAUCGAAUGAUAGAUAUCCGAAGGAUGAUGGUGAUGAGCACUUGCCAUUGGUGAAGCGGGCUAGGGUUCGGAUGGGUAGACCAUCAUCUGCAGGGGGGGAAGUUGCUACCUUCAUACAGUCAGAAGACAAAUCCUCAGAAGUAUCAAAUAGCCUUUCUGAGCGGGUCUGCGUAUCCGUAAAUGCUGAUAGAGAUAGUCCUGCUGAUGGAAACUCAUUCACGGUGAAGGGGGUGCAGAUGGAUAGACCAUCAUCUGCAGGGGGGGAAGUUGCUGCCUUCAUACAAUCGGAAGACAAAUCCUCAGAAGUAUCGAAUAGCCUUUCUGAGCGGGUCUGCAUAUCUGUAAAUGGUGAUAGAGAUAGUCCUGCUGAUGGAAACUCAUUCACGGUGAAGGGUGUGAUGGAUCAUUCAUCACCGUCUAACAAAUGCUGUCAAUUUUAUGUUAAUAAUCCUCGGCCCUUGGAAGGCAAGAAAGGCCAGCAAACUGGUAGUUUGGUGGAUGAUGAAGCAGCUUUACCUCCAUCUAAACGUCUCCAUCGUGCACUGGAAGCUAUGUCAGCUAAUGCUGCUGAAGAUGGUAAAAAAUGUUCCGGAGGACCAUCUACCAUGAAGACUUUCAUUAAUGGAUCUUUUUCUUCCACAAGCGAGUGCUCUUACAUGUCUAUAGAAAGAAAAUCACAGAAUGGAUGUCGAAUGCAGAAUGUAGACUCCUUUUGUAACAAUGAUUCUGAGGUUGGUAUCUCUGGGUUGGCCACCAGUUCAAAUCCGCCGGUACCAGAGGAAAGUGCAAAAUCUUAUAUUGAAGUUGCAAUUUGCAACAUAUCUCCCAGAACUUCUAAUAGUCCAAAGUAUGAGUUCCAUGACAUGCUUGAUGAGGCUGUGGAUUUUACUGAUCGUAAAGAUUAUAGUGUGCGCUCUUUAGCUAUUCAAACUGCUGAACCUGUGGUCGUCCAAACUCCAAAACUUUUGUCACCUAAUCUGGCCAGAAAUCAGGCUUGUCUGGGACACAAUGAAGGUGCAUUGGGUCAGAUGUUGCCUUGCAAGGAUGAAUGCAAAAAUGAAAAUUCUGAAUUGAGCAACCAUAGAGUUGAAGAACCUGUUCAAGAACUUGAUCCUUCAAAAUAUUUUAGGAUGAGUUCAUCUCCUGUCUCAACUGCUGCUGAAAUUGCUAAAGUUUCACCACCAAAUGGUGUGAAAUUACUUCUGAACAGUGUAGAUGGUACUUGUGAAUCUACCAACUUGUGGAAGCUUCCCCUUGAUGAGAACAACCAAGUUAAUGGAAUGUGUGAGGUUGUGAAAGAGAUUAAACCAUCACAGAAGGAUUCAAAUACCAUUUCAUCUCCUAAUUUGGUGAAGGUUUUGGUGGCUGCUGUCCAGGGCUCACCACAUUUAUCUCAUUCUGUAUCUAUAUCUGAUGAUCAUUUGGAUGAUAAGGAUGUCUCAGGUAUUAGGUCAUCUUCGUCUCCAACUGAUGGUUUACACUCCCCCCCACGAGCAUCUCCACCCAAUACUUCAAUUCGUCCCAUGUCUGCAUCAGAUAAUAGUAACUUCCUGGAAAAUAAUGGUGGUUGUAGUCCUGAUGUUCAAUUGCGUUAUGAUAAAUCAAAAGAUGUGGACAAAUGGAACAAUAAAGCAGAAGUAACUGCUGCUUCUCUGGCAUCGUUUGAAGCCAUUCUUAGAACUUUAACAAGGACAAAGGAGAACAUUGGUCGAGCUACGCGCAUUGCCAUAGACUGUGGAAAGUUUGGUACUGCUGCUAAGGUGGUUGAAAUUCUUGCUCGUAAUUUGGAAAGGGAGUCAAAUUUACACAAAAAGGUGGACUUGUUUUUCCUCGUUGAUUCUAUUACCCAGUGCUCUCGAGGCUUGAAAGGUGAUGUUGCUGGUGUAUACCCUUCGGCAAUACAGGCGGUGCUCCCCCGCUUAUUGUUGGCUGCUGCUCCUCCUGGAAGUAGCGCACGCGAAAACCGUAGGCAGUGUUUGAAGGUUUUGAGGGUUUGGCUGGAAAGAAAGAUCCUUCCAGAGUCCAUUAUCCGCCACCAUAUUCGAGACCUUGAUUCCUUCAGUAGCUCAUCUUCUUCUGGUGCCUUUUCUCGACGCCCUUUACGAACAGAAAGGGCUUUUGACGAUCCUCUGAGAGAAAUGGAGGGUACUAUCGUCAAUGAAUAUGGAAGCAAUUCAAGUUUUCAGCUUCCUGGUUUCCGUAUGCCCCCUAUGCGCAAGGAUGAGGACGAAGGAAGUGAUUCUGAUGGAGGGAGUUUUGAGGCUGUUACGCCGGAACAUAACUCUGAAACCCCUGAAGAACAACAAAGAACUGUCAUACCUGCAAUUGAAAAACACAGACACAUCUUGGAAGACGUUGAUGGUGAGCUUGAAAUGGAGGAUGUGGCUCCCUCUUUUGAAACUGAUUUGAAUGUUGCUGGAGUAAAUUCUGCACAGCCUUCACAUCAUCAGUUUGAACAACAAUUUCCACAGCCCUUUGCCCCUCCACUACCUGAUGAUGUCCCACCAUCAUCUCCUCCUCUACCAACUUCCCCACCUCCACCCCCACCUCCACCACCUCCUCUCCCGCUGUCUUGUUUGUCUAAUCCUGUUAGUAAUGGUGUUGAUGCGAAGCUAUUCAUGGGUACACAUAAUAUCAAGGAAAACUUGCAACAAUCUAACCCUCAGCAGUCUAUUGCACCAGGAAUCAGCUCAACAAUCUCGGAUACAGUGCAUUACCGUGAUCCUAAGUGCAGAGAUCUUCAGAUGCAGAUGCAUAUACCGGACUCUGGAAGCUCUUACUCUUUCAGCAGUGUUCCUAUCUCCCAUCCUCCAAUUCAACAGCUGAACAGUGUUCAACCGACAGAUGGAAUGACCUUGGAAAAUAAGGCUUACCAUCUGAGGCCACCUCAUCCAGCACCAUCUAAUCAGUUUUCUUAUGUUCAGACAGAUCAAUCAGUGCAGUCACGGAGGGAGGUACCACCCCCUUCCUUCCCUAACAGAUUCCAUUUUUUGCCGAACAGAGAAGGAAAUUUUUACAGUGACCAUGAUAGAAUGAAAUUAGCCCCACAUGAUCCUAGUGAGAGCUGGAGGUUUUCAGUGCCUUCUUUUUCUGGUUCAUACUAUCCUGACAAUGCCAUGGCAUCAUAUGGACCUGCUCCAUACCCUGGCCCACCUUGUGAACCAGCAAUACCAAAUUAUAGGUGGGGUUUCCCUCACCGUGCUAUAAAUCAUAGUGAAUUUAUACCUAAUAGACCACCCUCCGAAGGUCCAAUUCCAGUGGCAGCCAAAGGAUCUCCUUCAAGUGGUGGCGAAAUGGGUGCUUCUCAAUCAGUUCCAGAAAAUUCUAUCCAUGAAUUCACUGUCAAGGAUAGCAAGGGAAAGGAUGUGGAACUCAGUAUUUACAAAGGAAAGGUUCUUCUCGUCGUCAAUGUUGCUUCCAAAUGCGGCCUCACAAAUUCGAACUACACCCAGUUGACUGAACUUUACAACAAAUACAAGGAUAGAAGUUUUGAGAUAUUGGCCUUUCCAUGCAAUCAGUUCUUAAAGCAAGAACCUGGUACAAGCCAGGAGGCACAAGAAUUUGCUUGUACAAGAUACAAGGCUGAAUAUCCAAUUUUCCAAAAGGUACGCGUCAAUGGGCCAGAAACAGCUCCCAUCUACAAAUUCCUCAGAGCAAGUAAAGGUUCAUUGUUUGGGUCUAGGAUCAAAUGGAACUUUACCAAGUUUCUAGUUGAUAAGGAAGGGCAAGUCAUCGGCCGUUUUGGCCCAACAACCACACCAUUUGCCAUUGAGAAAGACAUCCGGAAAGCGCUGGGAGAUGUGUGAGGGACUUGUAAGGUUGGGUGUAAACUGAAUUGAUAUAAAUUAAGGAGAUGGUAAAGGUGAAGAAGAAAAGAUGCUGAUGCUAUAUUUGGUUAAUUGUUUCAAAUUUGUUGGUAAUGUUUUUUUUUUUUUUUGGGUCAUAAUAUUGCUGUUGUUUAAACUUUUUGCACUCUGAAUACUGUAAAAAAUCUAUAUUAGGCCAUGAGAUGUGAGUUGUUCCUUUGAAACCCUUUGCGGAUGUAUCUAUCUUGUAUCAUUGAAAGUGGUACCUACCAAGAGUUGUAGGCUUGUAGCCGAGUAUUAUUUCCUCACCCUUUUAAAGAGAGAAUAAUAAGGUUACUAACGGAUC